AUGUUGGAUGGGGAAAUCUCGAAGUACGUGGAUAUACUCCAAGGAGUCGCACAGGGCUGUUCGAUGUCACCCACUCUUUUCAAGAUCUACAUCAACGACAUGAUAAGGGCGGUUGAAGCAGAACAAAUAGAUGCGGCAGUAGGAUACACCCGAAAAUGGAGACUGUCGGCGAACGUAGGAAAAUGCGCAGUAGUGGUCUGUAACGAAGACAAGAAAAAUCCCGUAGAAUUCAAAUGGAAAUGGGGGGAGGAAGAACUACCGGUAGUAGACAGGUAUUCGUACCUGGGAGUAGAGAUUUCGAAGGAGUGCUCAUGGGACGCACACAUGGCAAAGUUGAUUGGGAAGGGUAAAGCUCAGAUAGGCAAGACGGACGAGAUCCUUACGGACCCACACCUAGACACUAGGAUUAAGAGGUGUGUUCUCUUGAAUGUGAUUGUACCUAAGCUAGAGUACGCAGGAGAGUUGCGCGUGGCUCACACCGUGAUCAACAACCUCCGCAACGCCAACAACAGGUGCCUGGUCUGCGACGACAAGAUCGAGGGAUUCCUCCCCGCGGUGCCGAUUGUCUGCCAAAAGGGGUUCAAGGAGAAGAUAUCUGUUGCUUGUGCCGAGAGAGAAGAACAGAAUCUAUGGAAAGAACCCAAGGAUAAGGAGGGUCUAGAAGUGUACGGAAUGUUGACGGAAGAAAUAGGGUUCAAGGAUUACCUACGUGGGCCAAUGGAUGCAGGAACAAAGCUUAAGGUCAAAUUCAGGACCGGGGACAUGGGCCUUGGAGAACGUCAACGAAGACAUAGGACGGUAGACGACGAACACGACGAGUUCAAAUGUGAUUGCGGCUUCGAAUGCGAAGACCGUGUUCAUGUAGUCGCGGAAUGUCCGUUGUACAAGAAGGAGAGGGAAGUGUACGUGACUGAGCUGGGAAAAAUAGAUGGAACGAACAGGGAGAUAUUUGAGGCAUGGAAUAGAGAGGAAAGGACGGUAGAUGUACUGGGGCAUGGGAGGUGGGUCGAACAGGCGGGAAGGGGAACCGUUAGGAAAGGCAGACUAGGCAAGACAUUUUUGAGCCACCUUUGGCAAAGUAGGAAGGAACGAUUGGCCAUCGGUGAUCGGUGCUGUGGGAACAAUGCUCCGUCCUCUCGAGGACGCGUGGUCAAUGGUCUAACCGCUAAGGCAUGCAAAACAGAAGAGUACGUCCCCCCCACGAUAUUCCCUACAGGAGUAACUUUCUAA